AUGACGGCCGCGGCAACCGCUGCGGCAGUCGACAAGGACGCCCCCGUCCUCUCCUUUUGGGGCCCUGAGCCCGUUCCCCUACCGUCGCGUUUUGCCAGAAUCAAGCGAAAUCUCAUCCGGGGCCACGAAGCCGAGCUUGAGGCGAGUUGGACCCGCCUUCUUACCGCCCUCGUCGCCGAGGUUGACCACAUCGAGGACCUCGGUGCUCAUCUCAUCCCGUCCAUCGAAUUCGCUGAUAUCGACAACCCGACGCAAUCAACCCGGUUCGGCCGCGAUCUCCGGCGCUACGGCGUUGGAGUGAUUCGAAAGGUCGUUCCCAAACCCGAUGCCGACGUCGCAGUGCAGGAGACGGUCGAGUACCUCAAUAGCAAGAGCCACAUCAAAACCCAGCAGCACGACCCUGCCUGUUUCGACUUUUUUUGGACACCUGCACAGGUCCGCGCCCGCGCCCAUCCCGGCGUUCUAAGUGCGCAGCGCUUCAUGAUGAACCUUUGGGAAACUACCCCCGACGACCGACUUGUCACCCGGCUGCCCAUAACCUAUGUGGACCGACUGCGGGUACACGGAGCCGGCGAAAGUCGGCCCCACGACCUCAACGUUCCGCCCCUCGAACCCCCACAGUCCGCCGAUGACUGGAUCAAUGCCCUCGAGUCUUCCGCUGGUAUCAUCGCUCAGGUGGACAAUGGUUCCCUUGAGCGCUGGGAACCCGAUGGCUACCAGCAUGCAGGGACUUACAACCACGUUUUCCAUGGCCGCUGGGAAGACCACGACCCAUGGGAAUGCGCCAGCCGCGUCUCUGCGACCAUGGACUUGUAUAAUGGCUACGGCGCCUGCACUAUCUUUCGAAUGUUCCAGGGAGUACUGGCGCUCUCUACCGUUGAGCCUGGUAUGGUCCGGUUGUUGCCGUCCCCAAAACUCGCGACGGCCUACUAUCUGCUCCGGCCAUUCUUUAGCACCCGUAACCCACCCCCAGAGUCUCGCAGCGGACCCGAGUGGGAUGCCUACCUUCACCCGGAUAACUGGAAGCUCGAGAAGGAACCCGAUACGAUCAUCCAUGGAGCUGUUCCCGGCCAUGCUCAGAGAAUCACGGAGCACUGGCAUCCCCAUCUCCACUUGAGAGGAAGCAUGAUCACUCUACCGACCCUGCAGGCCGGCGACUACAUUUUCUGGCAUCCCGACCUCCCGUACUAUCUGUCCAGCAACAACUAUGGGCUCAAGACACCCAGCGGCGAUAGCGACAAUGUUAGCAUGCUAGUGUAUGUCCCGGCAGCACCCUUGACCCAAACAAAUGCCCUCUAUCUUGCUCGCCAGAGGAAGGCAUUCCAGCGGGGUCAUCCAGGGCCAGACUUUGACUCUACCGGUCGAGGAAACGUGAUGGAAGAUGCAGAAACACGCCCUGGUGAGAAAGAGAUUGCUGAGAUUGGCGGCCCUGCUGCUUUGCAAGCUAUGGGCCUGGCCCCCUGGGAGGUGGCUGGGACUCGCGCCGGCACACCACCAAGCGACAGGGUGAAAUCCAAGGAAGAUGAUGUUGAGAUGGAGGCCGAAGCCGAGACGAAGAGCUUGACGAGUUCAUCGUCGAGCUCGCACGCAGAAGCAGAGGUUGUGCGCUUAGCCAACAUUAUCCUCUUUCCAGAUCGGUCCAUGCUCGGAUACUCUGUGUAA